AUGAAUCAGCUGUCUGUGGAUAAUGUUGGUACACCUGCUCAGUUUUUCAAACGUGACUUUGAAGAGAACGUCUCUAUGGAGAGAGUGACCCUUUUCCUUAAUCUGGUAAAUGAUCCUACAAUUGAACGUAUCAUCACUCCUCGUAUUGCUCUUACCACUGCUGAAUAUUUGGCAUACGAAUGCGGCAAGCAUGUUCUUGUGAUACUCACAGAUAUGAGUUCUUAUGCUGAUGCUCUUCGUGAGGUAUCUACUGCCCGUGAAGAAGUGCCUGGUAGACGUGGAUAUCCUGGUUACAUGUAUACAGAUCUUGCAACAAUAUAUGAACGUGCUGGAAGAAUCGAGGGGCGAAAAGGCUCUAUCACGCAAAUUCCAAUUCUAACCAUGCCUAACGAUGAUAUUACACAUCCAACUCCUGAUCUUACUGGAUAUAUCACUGAGGGGCAGAUAUAUAUUGACAGGCAGCUGCAUAACAAGCAGAUAUAUCCACCAAUCAACGUUCUUCCAUCGCUCUCCCGUUUAAUGAAGAGUGCCAUUGGGGAGGGAAUGACACGAAAGGAUCACUCUGAUGUGUCCAACCGGCUCUAUGCAAAUUAUGCCAUUGGAAAAGACGUCCAAGCAAUGAAAGCUGUGGUCGGAGAAGAAGCACUUUCGUCUGAGGAACUGCUGUAUCUGGAAUUUCUGGACAAGUUUGAGAGGAAGUUUGUUGCACAAGGAGCUUAUGAUACCCGGAACAUCUUCCAGUCUCUAGAUCUUGCAUGGACUCUGCUUCGUAUUUUCCCUCGCGAGCUUCUUCACCGUAUACCAGCAAAGACACUCGAUCAGUUCUACAGUCGAGACGCCGGAAACUGA